ACAAAACCAGGUUCAUCAAACAUUACCAAAGCAAGUUGGAGCCUUGUUGGAAAGUGCCUCGGUGUCUUCGCGUGCGACGUGUUGGUGCAGGCCCAGUGCAGUAGUGGGCUUGUGGGCCUUUUCCUGCCUGCCCUAUUUUACACACAAGCGCUACCAUAAAUCCAGUUACCCGCUAGGGAUCCUCCUUUCAGGGGCGCCACGCGUUCUUUGGGUUGACCAUCCUCUCCUCGCCUCGCGUCCGGGGCCACCAUGGGAUCGGGCAAGGCAGCUCCGCCGAAGCAGCCGGCGGGCGGACCUGCCGCGCCGAUCAAGACGUUCAAGUAUGGUAUGCCGCUGUACGGCCUGGCGUGGCCGGAAGGGGAAACCUUCUACACGUGCGGUGGCGGGGGGCACGGCAUUAAGAACCGGCUGGUGUGUGCCGAGGCCAAAGACGGCUCGCUCUCAGACCAGACCGCUGAGCACUUGUUCGGCAGCGUCUGCCCCUCCAGGCUGGCCAUCGCGCCCGGCGGCCGCUCCAUCGUGUUCGGGGUGGGAGACGCGGGGCUGCGGCGACUGGACCUGGACACACGCGGGCGCGUGCCCAAGUUCACGGAGGUCACUGGCACUCUGGCUGAGAAGCUGUCGGGCGUGAAGUUGGACGCCAAGGCGCUCGCCUUCCACCCCGCCGGGGACCUGCUGGCGGUGGGCUCGGACGACGGCACGGUGGCGGUGUUCGAGUGGCCCUCGCUCAAGCUCAAGUUUGAGAUCGGCGGCGAGCGCAAGCUGAGCGACUCCAUACGCGACCUGGACUUCGUGCCGGUGGCCGCGGCGGCUGCCGGUGCCGGAGGCAAGGCGGGCGGCGGGCGUGUAGGGCUGAUGGUGAUUCUGGACAACGGCAGCGCGGCGGUGUUGGAUGUGGACAAGGCGGGCGCGGUGCUGUGCAAGUGCGCGCUGGCCAAAGGCUCCGAGUUCAAGAACGACAAGGUCAUGCUCGUCUCAAACGAUGAGCGCCUGCUGCUGCACCACCUGCCGCCGGGCAUGGAGAACGCGCAGUUCGCGCGCGUCAAGUGUCGCAUGAUGCCAGUGCCCGCCAGCGGCGGAGCCGCCGCCGCCGCGGCCGCCGCGGCGGGCGACAGCGGACCGCUGCGCGCCACGCUUGUGUGCCUCAUGAACAACCGGGCGGGGUCGUAUGUGGCGCUGUGGGAGCUGGACGAGGACGGACUGCUGUCCAUGCGCAACAGCUGCAAGGUGACGGACUCCUCCGGCACCUGCAUGGACGCCAGUAUGGACGGAGCCCUGGUAGCCAUCGGCAACUCGGAGGGUGACGUGGCGCUGGUGGGCACGCGGCCGCACAUGCGCCUGGUGAAGCGCUACCCCAAGGCCCACAUGGUCUUCUGCACCGCCAUCGCGUUCAACGCCGACGCCUCCUGGGUGCUGUCAGCGUCCGCCGACGCCUCCGCCACCCUCAACUCCACAGCGCUGCCGCCGCCGCCAGACCCGGCCAAGUUCCUGAAGCUGGCGCUCAUCCUGCUGAUGCUGCUGGUCAUGGUCGUGCUGCAGGCUGUGCGCGUGAUGCGCCGCUCCGGCCUCAGCAUGGACGAUAUCCUCCAGCUCAUCGGGCUCCGGCCGCGGGACGAGCUCUGAGGCACGCACAGCGCUGAUGAGUCAAAGUCGGUUUCUUAUUUGUAGCACAAGGAGGAUGUGAAGGACGCGGAGAUUCAUGUGCGUGCAUCAUGGGUUGUGUGUGUGCCGUGGGCUUAAGGUGGAGGUGUGCGUUUGCGCGGGCCAGACGCGACCCGGGCAUGAGGCGUGUGUGAAAACGCACACCGUUGGGUGGGCAGACACAUACACAGCAGGCGCCUCUGUGUUUGCUGAAGGCAGAGCAGGCUCAGGCGGGCGCGGCCGUGUGGCUGGGGGUUGGCUGGUAUGCGCGGGCCGAGAGGCGGGCGCAGGAUGUAUGGGUGGCGUGUUGGUGCACGUGUGGGCAAGUGCUGUAUGUGCGCGUUGGUGGUUGGAAAUGGAUCCAGUGGUCGGGGCUUCAUGGCACGCGACAGGGCUGGCGGCCGUGGCGAUGAGCCUACGACGCAUGUGGGGUGCGUAAAGGAGCACGCAGGCAGUGGGCGGAACACCCGUCAAGAUACAGACACGAUGAGAGGCACACGGCCGAUGGCGGCGAGUAAAGCCAUCAUUCGGGCGAGUUGUAAUGUUAUACUGUUACGAUCCCUGUUCGAGACAGGGCUGGGCCCUAACUUAUGCCUCUUACGAGGCUUCUAGUGAAUACCCGCAGUGACUCGUGCGCCGCUCAUCACCUUUUCCGUGCGCACUUGAGGACAUCGCGGGCGGAUGUGCAGUAGCGCGUGCCGGUGUAAGUGUGAGCGCGGCGGUUGAGGUUGAGCAGGCCAUUGGGUGGGUUGCCGAGCUGGGCAGCCGCUGGCUGCUGCACUGAGGUUCCAGUGGUCUUGGCCGGCUGAGCGGUGCAUGGUGCAGGUGCCAGAGGCGACUCUUCAACGCCAAGGGCAA